AUGUCGACAACGAUUGGAUCCUUCAUUGCUGGAGGCAUAGCAGCUUGCGGCGCUGUGACGGUCACUCACUCUUUCGAGACGGUCAAGAUUCGAUUACAACUACAGGGAGAGCUGCAAGCAAGUAAAGAUGCGCCGCGGUUAUACAAGGGAGUACUUCAUGGCGUGAGGGUCAUUUACACGAAUGAGGGACUACGAGGCCUGUUACGAGGACUUGGAUGCGCUGUGAGUUGGAUCGUAUGGAAGAGCUGUUCGAGGAAUCAUAUCUGACGGCAUGCUGCCAGUACGUGUACCAAAUGACCCUCAAUGGCUGCCGCCUCGGCUUCUACGACCCCAUCCGAACGAGCCUCAAUUCCCUCGUCCUCACGCAUUCUCCCCUGAACUUUCGAGACCCGAAGGUGAAGCAGUACCAGAGCUUUCCGGUGAACAUCGUGUCUGGCGCGUCCUCUGGCAUCCUAGGUGCUUUCUUAGGAUCGCCAUUCUUCCUCAUCAAGACCAGAUUGCAAUCCUACUCUCCAUUUCUACCUGUCGGAACACAACACAAAUACCGCAACGCGGUGGAUGGUCUCGGACAAGUCUACAAAGCAGAAGGCAUACGAGGGCUCUGGCGGGGCGUCGGUCCCGCAAUGGUGCGGACAGGCUUUGGCUCUUCGGUCCAACUGCCAACAUACUUCUUCGCGAAACGCUUACUGCAGCGAAAUUUCGAUAUCAAAGAUGGCGCGCCACUACAUUUGAUGUCUUCCACCGCAUCUGGAUUUGUCGUGUGCGUGGUCAUGCAUCCUCCGGAUACGGUUAUGAGUCGCAUGUACAACCAAACGGGCAAUCUGUACAAAAGUGCUUUUGAUUGUCUAUACCGGACAGUCAAGACUGAAGGUAUCCUGGCUGUGUACAAGGGAUUCUUCGCGCAUCUGGCUCGGAUUUUACCGCAUACCAUCCUAACUCUCAGCUUGGCAGAGCAGACCAACCGGCUCAUGCGGAAAUUUGAAGAUCGAAUAUUACCAAAGGAAGUCAAGGAGAAGUUGUGA